AAGUAAUAAAAAUGCCGGCAGCCGCCACAAAAGCAAAGCGUGUGUGCACUGUAGCAGUUUCCAAGACAGCGCCCGCUGAUAUAGAAAGCCUUAUUCAAAGGCUUCCGUCUUAUUUCUCAGUCUUAAUUCUGUCACUCACCCUUUGUCAUUUUUCUUUUCUUUUACUUUAAAAUUUCGAAAAACCAAUUCAAAAAUCUUCACAAAAAUCAGACAUAAUAUACUCGUGUACCUUUUCUCACGUCACGUUUGCUUUUCUUUCAAUAAACACGACGGCCUCCUUAUAACCAUAUCAACUACUCCACUUCGCUCCUCAAAGGGAAUGAACAUAUAGUUCAAAGAAGAGCAUCAAACCAUUGAGUUUUGCUUUGUUUGUAACGUUGGUUUGUGUCUUGUUCUUGUUGUUUUAAGGGGUUUACAGUAUAUAAAUAUCUUUUGGUUUUAGGACAAGUGAAAGGAGAGAAAAUUUUGGGGUUGGAAGAAGAGGAAUAUGGGGUUUGUUUGCUCCAUAUUGAAGAUGGUUUCUGUACUUUUUCUGGUGUUUUUGGCUUUGAAUUGCUUUACUGAGUUUGGAUCAAAUGCUCAACUUUUGCCUGAAACUGAAGCGCAAACUCUUCAAACUGUACUUUCAAAACUGCAGCACCCGAAUGCUACUUUGAUCAGCCGAACAACUUGCAAUGAGAGUUCAUGGAACUAUGACGUUGCUAAGCUUGUUGAAAGCAGUAUUGCAUGUAACUGUUCUGAUGGAAACGACACCAUUUGCCAUGUCACUCAAAUUCUGAUAAAGGGUCACAAUUUGACUGGAAUUCUACCAUCUGAACUUGGAAAUCUGACUCAUCUGGAAGUAAUCGAUCUUACUCGCAACUAUCUUAAUGGAUCAAUUCCAUCAAGCUUGUCUCAGCUCCCUCUCACCAAUUUGUCACUUUUAGGAAACCGAAUUAGCGGUUCAAUUCCUCGAGAAAUUGGUGAUAUUUCUACGCUUGAAGACCUGGUUUUGGAAGAUAAUCUGCUUGAGGGGUUUCUACCUUCCAACCUAGGAAAUUUGGGCCGCUUGAGGAGACUUCUUAUUUCUGCAAACAAUUUUACAGGCACAAUACCUGAAUCAUUUGGCGAUUUGAAGAACUUAACUGAUUUCCGAAUUGAUGGAAGUAGUUUGUCAGGGAAGAUACCUAAUUUCAUUGGGAAUUGGACCAAACUAACAAGAUUGGAUAUGCAAGGCACAUCAAUGGAGGGACCAAUUCCUUCUACUAUAUCUGAGUUAAAAAACUUAACUGACUUGAGGAUAUCUGAUUUGAGUGGGACAAGUUCAGCUUUCCCAAAUUUGGAGGGAAUGACAGAUAUGGAAGAAUUGGUACUACGAAAUUGCUUGAUUACUGGUUCAAUCCCUGCCUAUUUAGGGGAAAUGGCGUCAUUAAAAACAUUGGACCUGAGCUUCAACCGCUUAACUGGUCAAAUUCCAGAGAGACUUCAGAAUUUGGCAAGGUUACAAUACUUGUUCCUAACUAACAACUCAUUAACUGGAGCAGUACCUGAUUGGAUAUUAGAAAGCGACGACAACAUAGAUUUAUCUUACAACAAUUUCACAUCUUCAUCUCAAACAAGUUGCCAACAGUCGAAAGUGAACUUAGUAUCCAGCUCCUCAACCACAGAUAGCAACUCAGUUUCAUGGUGCUUAAGGAAGGACCUUCCUUGUCCCAUAAAUCCCAACCACCAUUCCUUGUUUAUUAAUUGUGGAGGAGAGCAUACAAAUGUUGACGGAAAUGAUUAUGAAGAGGACUUAAGCACCUUUGGUCCAUCAAACUUUUUUAAUUCAGCAAAUAAGUGGGCUUAUAGUAGUACGGGACUUUAUGUGGGCAACGAUGGUGCUCAUUACACUGCAAGAGCUUCAUCUGCUGUGACUGGUCCAGACUUCUACAAUACUGCACGCCUUGCACCUUUAUCACUGAAGUACUAUGGCUUAUGUUUGCUAAAAGGCAAUUAUAAAGUGCAGCUUCACUUUGCUGAAAUAAUGUAUUCUGAUAAUAAGACAUUUGACAGUCUUGGAAGGCGCUUAUUUGACGUAUCAAUUCAAGGGCAAGUAGUUUUGAAGGAUUUCAAUAUUAUGGAGGAAGCUGGUGGUGUAGGUAGGGGCAUCACCAGGGAAUUCAAUUUCGAUGUAAAUGGAAGUACUUUGGAGAUUCACUUAUACUGGAGAGGAAAAGGAACCACUGCCAUUCCCGACAGAGGGGUCUAUGGACCACUUAUAUCUGCAAUUACAGUAACUCCUAACUUCAAGGUUGACACUGGUAAAGGGUUAUCAGCUGGAGCCAUUGCUGGAAUUGUAAUUGGCUCAUGUGUGAUUGUCAUCUUGCUAUUGAUCAUCCUUCGACUGACAGGUUACUUGGGGGGCAAAGAUGAUGAAAACAAUGAACUUCAUGGGCUAGAACUUCAAACUGGCUAUUUCAGUUUAAGACAAAUUAAGGCGGCUACCAAUAAUUUUGAUUCUGCAAAUAAGAUUGGCGAAGGAGGAUUUGGUCCAGUAUACAAGGGUGUACUAUCAGAUGGUACGGUAAUUGCAGUUAAGCAGCUAUCCUCUAAAUCUAAGCAAGGAAACCGUGAAUUCGUGAAUGAGAUAGGGAUGAUUUCUGCAUUGCAACACCCAAAUCUUGUGAAGCUUUAUGGCUGUUGUAUUGAAGGAAAUCAGUUGUUGCUGAUAUACGAGUACUUGGAAAACAACAGUCUUGCCCGUGCACUUUUUGGUCGUAAUGAACAGCGUAUUACAUUGGACUGGUCAACAAGAAAGAAAAUAUGCUUGGGAAUAGCAAGAGGUCUAGCUUAUCUUCAUGAGGAGUCAAGACUGAAGAUUGUUCACAGAGAUAUUAAGGCAACAAAUGUGCUGCUUGAUAAGGAUCUAAAUGCUAAGAUCUCUGACUUUGGAUUAGCAAAACUCGAUGAGGAAGAGAACACCCAUAUCAGCACAAGAAUAGCUGGAACAAUAGGUUACAUGGCGCCUGAAUAUGCAAUGAGGGGUUACUUGACAGACAAAGCAGAUGUUUAUAGCUUUGGUGUUGUUCUUUUGGAGAUUGUCAGUGGGAAGAGUAACACAAAUUACAGGCCUAAGGAGGAGUUUGUUUAUCUCCUUGAUUGGGCCUAUGUCCUGCAAGAGCAAGGAAACCUCUUAGAGCUUGUUGAUCCAAGUCUCGGUUCAAAAUACUCAAAAGAAGAGGCAUUAAGGAUGCUUAACUUGGCUCUAUUGUGCACGAAUCCAUCUCCCACUCUAAGGCCAUCCAUGUCUUCUGUAGUAAGUAUGAUGGAAGGCAAGAUUCCUGUCCAAGCUCCAUUAAUUAAGCGCAAGGGUGUGGAGCAAGAUGCGAGGUUUAAAGCCUUUGAGUUGCUAUCACACGACAGCCAGACGAAUGUCUCUAUAUAUUCUCAUGAUAGUCAGGCUCCAAGAAGCACAUCUAUGGAUGGACCAUGGAUUGAUUCUUCAAUAUCUCUCCCAAAUGAGACUCGAGAACAUUCUUCAUCAAGUAUGCUUCUGAAAACUCCUUCAGAACAACUUUGAUUGAUUUUGUGCUCUAAAAUUGUUGCUCGUCUGACUCAGAUUCUUUGCAAUGGAAAUAUAGAUAUGAAAAUGUUAUUACAAUCAGAUAUAAGGUGAAGAAAAAUGUUAUGAUAUAAUGUGUAGAUGGACAUGUCCUAAUUUAUUGUAUAGAGAAGAGUUUAUUGUAUGAAUGGAGCUUGUGUUUGAUUUAA